AUGGCAGCCACUUUGUCUGCUCUGCCUACAGCCACUGUCGCCUCCUUGGCUUCCUGCCAGGAGACCCGCACGAAUGCGUCUGUGAGAGCUAGUGUCUGCUUCGGUAGCAGGCUGAGCUUUGCUGCUGAGAAACGACUGACUGGGCGCAGCCAGGAGCUUAGACAGGCAGUGGCCAAGGCGAGCUCCAAGCGCAUCGUCCGCAAGGCUGCAGCUACCUCUGCAAUGGCGGAGGCUGUGGAGCGGUCCUACAUUAUGAUCAAGCCCGACGGCGUGCAGCGAGGCUUGGUGGGUGAGAUCAUCACUCGGUUCGAGCGGAAGGGUUUUGUCCUCCGUGGACUGAAGCUGUUCCAAUGCCCUGAAGAGCUUGCUAAGGAGCACUACAAGGAGCUAUCUGACAAGCCCUUCUAUGGCAAGCUGGUUGAGUACAUCAUCUCAGGCCCAGUUGUCGCCAUGGUAUGGGAAGGCAAGGGAGUGGUUGCUUCAGCCCGCAAGCUGAUUGGCGCCACGAACCCCUUGGCUGCGGAGCCGGGCACCAUCCGUGGUGAUUUUGCAGUGGAAGUUGGCAGGAAUGUUGUCCACGGCAGUGACAGCAUCGAGAAUGGCGAGCGCGAAAUCGGGCUCUGGUUCAAGGAGGGCGAGGUGUGCGACUGGGAGCCUGUUUCAACCCCGUGGUUGAGGGAGUGA